AUGAUGAUGGAUCAAACGCAUUUCGGUGAAUAUUUAUUAAGACAGCAGAUGCUACACGCGGCGUCUCUUGGUGGACUACAGCCUCGCGUGAGUCUGUCUGCUGAGCCUCCGUCGUGCGAGGGCCGCCUUCUCAACGGUGAUCUGUGGAGACGGUUCCAUGAUAUAGGAACAGAGAUGAUCAUCACUAAAGGUGGCAGGAAAUUAUACGUUGGUGGCGAUCCCAGCGCCUCUGACGUUUCCUGUGACGACUGA